CCCAUUGGAGGACACGUCAAUCGGUCGCGUGCUGACGUGUGAGGGGCGACUGACAGUUUGUCCAGCCAGUAAGGGUGUAUGUUGAUGUCUGGACCCCGCGGCUGAAGUUGCCUCAUUGGCCCGUGUUUGUUAAACUUCCUCCGAGGGAGCCUCGGUCAGAAUCGGCACGUACUCCAGCGCGUCGCCCGCCUUUUUCCUUCGUCCCGCUGGAGGUUUUUAAGGGAAUUGUGUCGAGUUAAAUCAAGGUGAACGUGGCUCAUGCUACAGUUGCUGGUGUGCACGCUCACUGAGCGGGGAGGACGUGUGUUGCGAAGUUUUUGUUAGUGGUUUCUAACAGUUGCAGCAUGGCAGGCGACACCGUGGUCUGGAGGAGUCUUAAGUGGGUAAAGCAGGCGGCCCACAGAGCCCCACCAGGCGGCCUAACUGUCACCGGGAACCAGAGGCUGGUAAACUUUCAUCACACCACUGGAACGGCAAGGGAGAACCAGAAAGAUGUCUGAGUAUACAGAGGCACAACAUUUCACAGAUACUCCACUAUGGCUGCUUGCUUCAGUACAAGCUUAACAGGAAGUGCAAAUGGGCAUCAGAGGACCUGCAGUGGAAGAUGUGAUAAAGGUCUUAGGUACUACAAAGACUGGUCAAGUCGGCUGUUCUCUGGACAUACGAGGCUCUUUAACCAGGACAACACCACAGUGGGGCGGCUGACAUCGGAGGAUAUCGAUAAAGCAAGGAGUAACAAGAAAAGGGACUUUAAGCAGCAUACACAAGUGCUUAGUGAAAAAGCUCGAGAGAAGAAGGUACCCGUCACACGGAUAGGAAGGCUGGUAAACUUUGGAGGUCUGGCAGUUGGACUUGGCAUCGGAGCAAUCGCAGAAGUGGUCAAGAAGAGUUUAAAACCCAAAGAACGAGGUAACAAAAAGGCCAUAAUGGAUUCGAAUGCUUUCCUCUCUGAAGCCAACGCUCAAAGAAUUGUCCGGACGCUUUGCAAAGUUCGAGGUGCUGCUCUAAAAAUUGGACAGAUGCUCAGUAUUCAAGAUGACGCCUUUAUCAAUCCUCAGCUGGCUAAAAUCUUUGAGCGUGUUCGACAGAGUGCAGACUUCAUGCCUACUAAGCAGAUGAUGAAAGUCAUUUACAAUGAUCUCGGCCCAAACUGGAGGGACAAACUGGAAUACUUCGAGGAGAGGCCAUUCGCAGCCGCGUCCAUUGGUCAAGUCCAUUUAGCAAAAAUGAAGGAUGGCCGGGAGGUAGCCAUGAAGAUUCAGUACCCUGGAAUAGCAAAGAGUAUCGAGAGUGACGUGAAUAAUAUCAUGACUGCCCUGAGGUUAAGCAACGCACUGCCUGAAGGUUUAUUUCCUGAGCAUCUCAUUGAGGUCAUGAGUCGAGAGCUGGCGCUGGAAUGUGAUUAUAUAAGGGAAGCAAAUUGUGCCAGAAAAUUUCACGAGCUGCUGGAGGAUCACCCCUUCUUCUGUGUGCCUGAUGUGAUAGACGAGCUAAGCAAUAAGCAGGUUCUCACCACAACACUGGUGCCUGGUUUCCCGCUGGACAAGGCCACACAUCUCCCUCAGGAACUCAGGAAUGAGAUUUGUGAGCAGAUCCUUAUUUUAUGCCUGAGGGAGCUUUUUGAGUUCAGAUACAUGCAAACCGAUCCGAACUGGUCCAACUUCUUCUUUGAUCCACAAACUCAUAAGGUUGCGCUGCUGGAUUUUGGAGCUACUCGAGGAUUUAACAAGCAUUUUACUGAUACCUACAUUGAGAUUAUAAAAGCAGCUGCAGAUCAGGACAGAGAAGGCGUCCUACUGAAAUCCAGAGAAAUGAAGUUCCUCACAGGAUACGAGUCAAAGGCGAUGGAGAACGCCCACGUGGAUGCGGUGAUGAUCCUCGGAGAGGCCUUCAACUCAGAAAAGCCCUUUGACUUUGGAAUGCAGAGCACAACUGAGCGCAUCCACAACCUCAUCCCGGUGAUGCUGAAAGAGCGUCUCACGCCACCGCCAGAGGAAACCUACUCCCUCCACAGAAAAAUGGGCGGCUCCUUUCUCAUUUGCUCGAAACUCAAAGCUAAAAUCGCAUGCAAGGACAUGUUCCAGGAGGCCCACAGAAACUACUGGAAAGAUGGAGACCCCAAGUCUGCACAUUGAAGACUGCUUUUCCAGAAAGUGGGUUGAAACCAGGAAUUUUUGUCAUGCUGAACAAUUCUUAUCUGCAAAUUUUUGGGCUCAUCACGCCAGAAAGUGUUUUGUUACGUGAUAUACUAAUAACUACCUAGAUUUGUUGGGUUUUUUUUUUACUGUUUGUUAAACUAAACUGUUACAGUACAUCCCAAAAA